AUGCAGCAGGAGCAUGAAAACCAAGUGGAUAUACCACCUAGAGCCUUCGAAAACGUACCCUUGGGCGACAUAGCGAACAAUGACAUGCCACCUGUUGCACAGCCGGAAGUGUCAUCUGGACGCUUGGUUCGAAUUCGCCGAAAAUGCGCCAUUGCUGCACGAACAUGCCAAGCUUGUAUGCACUUUCUCAUGGCGCAACUGUACAAUGGCAUGACACAAGCUCUUGCUGCAAUACUCCAGCGGACUAAAAGCCUCCUAGGAAGUCUGCUCAACAUUCUAAGCAAUAAAAUCCGGAUUCUCAAGGCACCUAUUCAGGCGGUAGUAAGAAAGAUGUCACAUCUAGCUUCCCUGGUCUUCGACUACUUACGAAACCAUUUCAUGGAAGUCCUGGGCACCGUGGUUGCAAUCUCUUUUGGUGCUGCGAUGCUGUAUUAUGCAAAGCGAACUGAUGACUUCCAGACCGGACUAAAUAGCAUGCUUGAAACAUACUGUACAUGCACAACCGCAGCUCAGCCAAUAUGUGUUCGCUUCUUCGGCUAUAAGAGGUAUCUGGGUUGCAUGGCUAUCAAACGGCCGAGUUGGUACUUUUCUGAAUGUGUGCUCGAAAGCACACCCAAGAUCUGGGCAAGUCUGUGGGCGAAAGACUCGCUUAUAACGAUUUAUGGACGAUUGGAUCUCCCGGCCGUCGAGACAAUUAUUGCAGUAAUGACCUCAUACGUCUUCCUUAUAGGCGGAAGACGAUACAGAAACCUGGGCUGGAUUCUCUGCAUAUUCUCUGGUAUUUUGCUACUUGCUGAGCUGGGCGGUGCCUUCAACCCGGUAUUCAGUUCCAGCUCAAAGGCCAAGUGCAUCCAGAGAGUGAUAGAUGAGUUUGGCAACAUUCAAGGCAGAGACAAUCCAUUUUAUAUAGAAUGGACUAAGAAAGUGGAUAUAUCCAGUCUCUCGCAUGAGGGGCUGGAGCAUAUUAUGGUCAGGUUAGAUGCGCUCAUGUACGGCGAGGGUUGGGAUGAUUUACCGAAGCAGUUACUUGCAAGCCAAAGAAUGAGAACUGCCUCCGCAGUACAGUCUGUUAACUAG